GCAUGCAUAGCCGCCAUAACUGUUUGGUUUCGAUCCGGCUGGACUGUCUGCUACCAACUGUAACAGAUUUACUAUAGGACAUGCGAUUUGCGCAGUCCAAAAUUAUGUUGUUAACGAGGAGAAGAACUUCUUGGUGUGCUCAGAUCAUCUGUGGAUUCCUGAUCUGUAUUUUGUUGGAGUCCAGUCAAGCAGGAGAUGCUAUAGCCUUGAACAAUGACAACAUCAACCAGUUACUUACCAGGAAUGAUUUAGUAUUUGUCAACUUCUAUGCGGACUGGUGUCGAUUUAGUCAGAUUCUUUCACCAACAUUUGAUGAGGCAUCAAGGAAAAUAUCUGAAGAAUUUCCCGAACCAGGGAGAGUCACAUUUGCUAAGGUGGACUGUGACAGAGAGGUGACAAUAGCAUCUAAUUAUCGGAUUUCCAAAUAUCCCACAUUGAAGCUGUUCCGGAAUGGACAGGUGGUGAAAAAGGAAUACCGUGGUCAGCGGUCAGUGGAUGCCAUCGUUAGCUUUAUCCGUGAUGAACUUAAGGAUCCAGUCAUUGAACAUGCAAAUCUGGAUGAGAUGGAUGAGUUAGAGACCAAGAAGCGCCACAUCAUUGGUUACUUUGAGUCCAAAGACUCAGAAAACUAUCGGACGUUUGUGAGGGUUGCCAGUGUGCUUCGUGAUGAUUGCCAACUUCAUGCAGCAUUUGGACCUGUUUCAGCACCAGAAAGGACUGGGGGUGAUAGUCUCAUUUUCAGACCUCCAAAUACUCAAAGACAAGAUGUAGUGUACACAGGGUCAAUAAACAACUUUGAGCAAUUGUACCAGUGGGCAUUUGACAAGUGUGUGCCACUUGUGAGAGAAAUCACUUUUGAAAAUGCAGAGGAACUGACAGAAGAAGGUUUGCCAUUUUUAAUCCUGUUUCACCAUCCUGACGAUGAACAAAUAGUGGAAACCUUUAACAAAGAAGUAGUCAAGCAGCUUAUUGGAGAAAAAAGUAAUGUAAACUUUUUGAUAGCUGAUGGUACAAAAUUUACCCAUCCACUGCAUCACCUUGGCAAGAAAAUAGAUGAUCUGCCAGUCCUGGCCAUUGACAGCUUCCGCCAUAUGUAUAUCUUUCCUCACAAUGUCAAAACUGAUUUAGAAAAACCUGGAUUGCUAAAGCAGUUUAUUGAUGACCUUCAUUCAGGAAAACUUCAUCGUGAAUUUCAUCAUGGUCCUGAUCCCACAACAGCAGACCCAAUACCACCAGCACCAAAUGACCAAAACGAAGCAGAAGAGAAGAAGGCUGAGCAUAUUCCUAAAAGCACAGAUGAUGACAUACAGCCACAGCAGUUUCAACAGCAGCAGCGUUUAACUGAACCCCCUGAGUCAACUUUUAAGAAGCUAGCUCCUUCCCGUAACCGCUACACUAUACUUCGAGAUGAGCUCUAGCUGAAAUUUUCAGACAUGUCAUAAACUUGCAGCUCUUCUCUCUUCUGUGGUGGUGAUUGCUCCGUACAUUCAUGUCGAAAAAAAUAUUGAUAUAAUUAGUAUAAGUAAGCCACUGCUUACAUUUUAAAGCAGUUUUUUUUUAAGCAGAUGUCAGAUUAAAAACUUUUUUGGGGAAAAAAAUGACUGUUUUGUUUUUAUGUAACUCAUUAAUAAUGGGGGAAGGAUGGGAAGAUUAUCCUGAAUCUGCUUAUGAAAAGUAUCUUUUCCAAAGAUAUUUUUUUUUUGAUCAUUUGUUUCAAUCAUGUAAGACAGUUUUGUUUAAUUUUCAUACUUUUAAUUGAGCAUCAUGACUAAUGAAUAUUCCAUAUAGGGUGAUCAAUGAUUUUGUAAAGUAGAUGGCACAGAGGCUCCUCUCAUUUGUUGUUAAGGUGCUUGACUUCAAAGCAGUUGUUUGUGGGCUUAAGGCUUUCUCAGGCCAGAGACUAGACAAAACCAGCUAUUCACCCAACAGUGAACGGGUAUUUGAUUUAUCAGGAAAGAUAAAAGACAACAGAGGAAGAGGGUUUGGCUCAGCCUUCCACUGGCUUUUUCUUACAGUUUACUGCCCUUAAGGCAACUAGGCUGUGAGAGUUUUAAGUAGUAAGCAGGAAUCUGUGCAGGUAGUGUUCGUGUACAUGGGCUCAUCAUCAUAACUAUUGUGAAAUUUAAUUUAUUAUGUUAUUAGCCUUGGUUAUUUCUAUGAUUGAAAGAAUAUCAGUGGAAAAUUAAAACAUGCACAAACUGAUGCAUUUUGCAUUUUAUUUAUUCUCCCACAGCAUUUUAUUGCAGCCACUUAGUGAACUUCUUUGAAUUAUUUGAUCUAUGCUGUCAUUGUUGAACUACAGACAUAGUUGUGCUUAUAAAUGCUAGGCCUCCUCUGCAGUUGCUGUGAGUGAAUGGGAGGAACUUUUGUGAUGUUUUUGUUGUAAUUUUUCUUGCAAGGGAGUAAAGAAAAGAGAUGGAGGUCAAGCUGGUUUAUGAAGGUUCCUUUUGAAGGUGUUUUUGGUAACAGUCUUGUAAGGCAAAAAUAAUCCAGGAAGGUUUUCAUACAUAAGAGCUUUGUUGCAUAUUAUGUUUAAAAACAUAAUUUACGUUGAAAAGAAGGACUGCUUUAUUGUCAUUUUGGCAUGUUGCACUUCUGCCUAGAGAUAGCCUUCAUCGGUUGCUUGUUUUUUUGAAAAAAAAAUUUUCAGCAAGCUAAUAGGUUAUCCUGUGUUAAAGACAGUCUAAGAAAACAGUUUAACCUUUGUGCAGUCACUGUUAUCUGCAUUAAAGUAAAAUAUGGUGUAAAAUGAAAGUUUACAGAAGUCUUGACUGGUGACACAGAUACAGUUCCUCUAGACCAAUACAGUUAGAAUUCAUUUUAUUGCAGUUGAGUUCUUAAAUAUUAGAUAAAGUUUCUGCUUUCUUUACAUUAAUUCAUAACAAGGAGUCACAGAAGUAGAUAAGCAGCUUUGGUAAAGGAUUAAGUUCAUAUAGUUUAUGCCUGCCUUGUAACAGCAACCGUGGAAGUUCAUUUUAGUGUUGUUAUGGAUGUGUUCAGAUAUAAUCUUUUCCAGCCUUUGAUUUUAUAACCUAUGUGUAAACAUGGUAUAUUUUUUCCCAUGAAAACAUCUUGCUGAGAGUUUUAUUUUUGCAACUAGAUCCACCUCUAUAAAGGGACUGGCUGUUAACAUCAGCAUUCAGGCAACCUGUAGAUUGCAUUUUAAAGAAGAUAUGCUCAGUAGUUGUUUGCAUAUGCAUGCACACAUCCAUGAGGGUUGACAUAUCCUUUGUGCUUUUUGCUAUACACGUGCAUGUUUGUCAAGUCAUAACAUACAAAUUUGUAACAGUCAUACAGCAGAGUUGUGUCUUUCUGCUACAUUGACUUUGUUUUAACUGUUUUUAUUUGAUCUUUAAGAUUUUAUCUUUUCCUUUGCUUAUUUGGACAGUCUGAUGGUGCAAGGGUCAACUGCUUGCCACCAGUACAGUGAGGAUUGGGUGUCCUGGGUUCCGAUCUUGCCAUACUGUUUUUCUUUUUAUUUCUCUUCACAUAACACCCAUUCACAGGGGCAGCUGCUUUGCUGUGAUAUAGCUGUGGUUGCUGGCUCAGUGUAAAAGACCAAUAUCCUUCUAGUUAUGCUUUCUUGGAGUGGAAAAUUCAGAGUAAAUAACUAUAGAUCAGUCUCUGGAAAGUGCUACCAGGAACCAGCUAGUUUUAUUUUUUAAUUGGCCAGGUCAGGUGGUAGUGUCUUUUUCUUGUUCUUUUCCACUUUAUGGUGGAAGAAUGGUGCGGUCUUAAGAUAUGUUGAGAUGAGACAUCUUUACAAGUUACGGCAAGUGUUGUGACUUCAAAGCAAUGGUGAAUGGCAUGCUAUGCACAUCUGUGUGAGUGUGCAUACAUGAGUGCUGUUAAGAGAGUGUAUGUGUAAUGAAGCAGGAGUGGGUGUGAAAAGAUGGAUGUUAACUUAAAGAUGGUAGAGGUCUAGAAAUAGGCCUACAUCCACAGUGGGAAACUUUAAAUCAUUUGAGCUUUGUCCAGUACUGAACAGUUUGAAGGAAACAUAUAGCAGAGGUGCUUGUUUCUCUAGAGUAAUUUUUAAUGAUGCCUGAUUUUCUUUAGCAUUUCAUUUGCCUGUUCUUAUUUUAUAUUGGUGCUUAUGAAACAGGUCAGGCAUUCAGAGUAGCUGAAGUAAAAGCUUAAGUUCUUUAUGUAGCUUAUGUCCGCCACUCUUUGUGUUUAUAACAGGAACUGUUAGAAGUUCAUUUUAGUGUUGCUGUGGAAAUGGAGGUGUCGGGGUUUAAUCUUUGUUUCCAGCCUUUGAUUUUAUAACCUAUCUGUAAACAUGAUUUAUAUAUAUGUCAAAAUAAUUUUGAUAAGGUAUUAGUGGAAGAGAUUGCUAAGAAAAACUGGUGUCUGUCAGAAUUUGAUAUUUGCUUCCAGCAUCAGUCAAAUUUAUUAUUAGGUGGCUGGUGCUUUUGUGAUAUCUAGUGUCUGUACAAGGCAUGUGAAAUGUACAUGCAGUAAAAUGAUGGUGGCGGAAGAAAAUGCAUUACUUGCCUUAAAAAUUUUAAAUCUUAUAUUUCACUUUUCUCUUUCCCAAUUAAGAGCAAGCAUUAUGAUUUCUUAUUUUAAUGUAAAUCCAUGUUAUAAUUUAGAUUUAAGGUUUGUUACUCUGUUCAGCAAUGUUUCCUGGAACAAGAUGUGAAUUAUCAGCAAGACUUGUUGUGAAUUGAGAAUCCUGAACCAUAAGCACUAAGAUUUAUACAUGGGCAUAAGAAUUUAUUCUUUGAAUCUCUGCAUUAUUCAGAAAUGAUUCAGGGUGUUGUGUUUAGAAAGUUAUUACUAAAGAGCAAUUGUAUCAGUAACAGUAGUGGGAAGAAUCAGAGCUGAUGAUCUCAUACAAAAUUUAGAUGAGAAUAAACAGACUUGCAUAAUUAUACAUUAACUUGAAAAUGAAGCACGCUCAUGCAAUACUCCAACAUAAGUAUUCUUAGAGUGGUAGGCAGUAACAGUUCUUUUAAAAUUAUAAUUAAGCUUUCAUCAAGCCUGAUGUGCCUGUGCAAAAGAGAUGGGGGCGGGGUGGAAUGAGAAAAUGUCAGUGUGCAUGGAAUAUAGCUUUGUGGUGUGUGUGGAGACAUAGGUAUGGCAUCAUUAAACCUGUGAAUCUCUGGUCGUCUGUAAACAUUUGUCAGUCAUGAUUUGUUUUUCUGUGUAAGGAUGUUUAUACUUCUAACAUUUUUUUAUAUAUUGCAUAAAAUUUGUAAUUUGCUACCUAAAGAAGCAGUAUGCAGUCUGUUGUGCUUUGCUGAUCUGUCAAAGGAAGAUUUGAUUUAACGGUCUGUAAAUGAGCAUUAGGUAUAGCAAUUAGAGUAUAAAGGUUGAUGCGAAUGAUAUGACCUGAUGAUUUUUAUGUGUGUGAACAUUGUUAAAUGGAGGAUGUGCAUUAGUUUAUCAAAGCAGUAUCAGUGAAUUAAAAAAAAAAUGAACAUAUGCAUUUAGAUUGACAGCAUCAACAAGCUUAGGUUUUUGUGAAUUUGCAUGACGGUUAAUUUCCAGUUUUCCUAGUUUGUAUUUCUGUGGCCACUGGAUAACUAUUUUAGGUGGGCAAGGAUCGGCGUCAGCCAUAGCUAUUGUAGGCAGGUAAAGAUUUAAAACAUACACAUCCUGAUUGGCUGUGGCAAUCAAAAAGGUUAAGAUAAUUCCUUGAAACAACCUUAACCAUACAAUGAUGUAGACAUUUCUUUUGGGAAUUACGUCACUGGUCACCUAAGGGGGCCAUUGUAACUGUGGUAUGCAAAGCAUUUGACUAGUUUCUACAUGUAAAAUAUUGUUGCUAUGUUAACAUCAUGAAUAUAAGUGACGAACUACCAUAUGUAACAUUGCCCUAUAUCUGGUGCCAUUCCUUAUUAGUUUUUGGUACCUGAUUUGAAAAAAAGUGAAUUUGAAUUCCUGGCUGUAGACCUUAAGCCUUCAUACAUUUUUCAGUACUGUUUUUAUUGUGUAGUGAUAAUGAAUCUGUCAGCUUGUAGAAUUAGAAUGGUUAACUCAGAUGUGUGGGAAUGACAGGAUGAUUAAGACUUUCAUCAAUUAUACAAAUUUUAUUAUUUAAGUACUUUGCUUAACACUGUGUUAGCCUAAAUGAAUUUUUUUUAAGAAGAAUAAAUAUUCAUGUUUUUGUGAUUUUUUGUGUGUGUGUGUAUGAGAAGAUUUAUAAAAUAAUUUUGACAUAGUAAAAGUGCACUGUAUUACAGAUCACGUGUAGGUGUUCCUCUUUUUCUGUCUUUGUAUAAUUAUGUUUAGUUAUCUUCAAACUAGAGCCGGUUGAGAAGUAUACAAUCAUGGGAGAUAAUCAUGAAUGUGUUCAUGUUUUAUACUGGCAUGUACCGUGACAUUGUGUGCUUCUGGGUUCGUAGUCAGGUGAUGCUGUUUCAUCUAGGAUGCAGUCAAACCUGUCGCGAGUACUUAGGUCAUAAAUGUUGAUGUUCAGAUUACAGUGUGUUUUGCAAGAAGGGAGAAAGAAGAGUUGAACAGUCUGUAGCACACAUGAAACAUCGAUCGUUGAACAAACCAGAAACUGGUAUUUCUAAAUUUGAAAAAUACGAGGACCUUUCCAAGAAUGCGUGCAUAAGAAUGUUAAAUGUGAACUGUGUAAGGAAAAUGUACGAGUUGCUAACAUUUACUAUUUAGCUCUGCAAAGCUUUACUUGUGUUACAUAAAGCGAGGCAAUUCAUAUUUUUUCAUGGGAUUUUUGGACGACGUUGAAAUUUUUUUUGUUUUUGGUCAGUUGGCUAAGAUAUUGUUAUCAUGUUAUUUUAACACCGUUUGCAUUAAAGUGAUUUUUGAAGCGCU